AGAAAAUGAGCGAUCGAGGAAGCUCGUCAGAACCACCUAGUGCAGACUCAGGUGAUGAAUCAAGUAGCCAAGAGAGGAUGGAUAGCAUUAGCUCAAGCGGAGUCCAAAGUGAAGUCAGCUUAUCAAAAUCUUACCAAGAAGCCAACCCCUCACAAGACCAAGAAGAUGAGAAGACCUCGUCUCCCCUAAAAUCCAAGAAGGGGGCUGAUCCUUCCGUACAAGACCCUGAAUCUGAUAAAGAGUCUAUGAAAGCUAUCAGCAUUGAAGACAUUGAGAUCAAGAAGGCCGAUCCUGAAGAAGCCAAAGAGAAGCCAAAAGACCCUGAAUCAGAAAAAUUAGAAGAUGCUGAAAGAGAACAGAGGCUAAAAUAAAAACCAAGAUCUUCUCAAGAACAUCGUUGAUGGCCAUGAAGACCAAGAUCCUGACUCUAUUGAAGAAGAUAUAGAAGUUGCGAGAGGAAUGACUGAAAACCUGAGGGCUAAGAAGUCAGAACAACUUGUGCUCGUGGAUAUCUCCAAAGAAGAUGAGGACAGAAAUGAAGAUGAGAAACAACCAGAAAAUAAUGGAAAAGCAGAUAUUGGGAUGAUCACGAAAGCUGUAUCUAAGUUCAAAAAGAAAAAUACGAAAAAGAACGGGAAAGAAGAGGAAUCUUAUGAAGAGUUCGUCAGAAAGAAAACUAUGGUUAAGACUGAGAAUGGACUCAACUAUUCAGCCAUGAGAGACAGACUGACCAAGCAUCAUCCCCAUAUGAUAAAGGAUGGAGAGAAAGUUAGGUACCCUGUAUGAGCAACCAGGACAGGGUGGAGUAGUACAAACGAGAAGAAAAGAUUCACAGACCUAGCCGACCUUGGAGUUGGGGUUUCACUUUACUUUAAAUUCACCAAGUACAUGAUGCUUUUGUUUCUAUUUAUGGCAGUCAUUACUCUUCCACAUAUGAUAUUUUAUAUCCUUGGUGGAACAGAAGAUUUUGAAAAUAGUUCAUCACUUACAAGUUUGUUUGGCCUAACAACUCUUGGAAACCUUGGAUCAGCAGAGACGAUGUGAGACUCUACAGACAGCUUUACUCAUUCUGUGUAUGUCUUUUGUACUUCAGGUACCUUGGAUGAAGUAGAGAUAUUAGGAAAAGAGCAUUCAGAAGGAUCAACAUGCUCUAAUAAAGGUGAAGAUUUGGAAGUAGAUAACAGCUGUGAUUACAGAGAUUUCUCCAGCACAGACAAAGCCAAUGUAGAUAAUUCUUUCUCCUCCCAAUGCAAGGGGUCCAAGAGUUGCUCUUUUAAUCUUGGGAGCAUAACCUUCCCUUCUAGUUGUACGGGAACUCCUUUUAUUAGAGUGGCAUGCAAGUCAGAAGAGAUUGUUGGAAUCAAAAAGAGCUACAUCAGUGUUGGCUUAGUAAUUCUAGAUAUUAUCUCCACCUACAUCUUCUGGUUCUUUCUUCAGAGACACGGUAAAUUUGAGUACCUUGAGGAAGAUGAGAUCUAUGGCUCUGCUCUUACAGGUAGGGAUUUCACUGUGAUGAUCAAGAAUCUCCCCAAGGAUGAAGAUCCAAGAGUUCUCAAAGCGAAACUGUGGGCAUUUUUGGAAGAUCUUCUAGAAAAACACUCCGACAGAGCCAUCAGACUUGCUGAUGACCCAAAUGCUCACCGAAUAGUGGACAUCAAUUUUGGCAUGAGUGAUUAUGGGGUCAUGCAUUUCUACCUAAAGAGAACUGAACUUUCCAAACAAGAGGCAAUUCUUAACAUCAAGAUCAAUAUCGUGAGUGACACGAAAAUGAAGGAAAAAGACAGACAGAAAAAGAUUAAAGCGUUGCAGAAAAAGUUGGCAAAGGUGGUUAAAGCAAAAGAUAAAAAUGAAAUGAACUAUACUAAGUUUAAAGAAACCUGCUCUCAACAAGUCGUCAAGGCCUUUGUGACCUGCCAGAGUAUGGAAGGAAAGCUCAGGCUUCUCCAAUUGUACAAUAUCAGCAGGACUGCUAAGUGCUGCAAUAAAUCAAAAUUAGAGGAUAGAAAGUUUGAAGGUAAACUUCUGGAUGUCAGACAUCCCACUGACCCUUCCCUGAUUCUUUGGGAAAACCUUGGCGUUAGUAGAAAGCAGAGGUGCAUCAGGAUAUCCAUUGUUGCCUUAAUCAGUUUCCUUCUGAUGAUAGCAACCUUCAUUAUCAUUGUUUUUAGUAAAAGCGUAGAAGAUGGUCUUAGAGAAGAUUACGGGUCUGGAAGCUGCCCCCAAUUUACAAUAGAUCAAAGCGCAGCUUUAGAAGACCAAAAUAAGCCCUCCCAAGAAAGAGCAGGACUAAUGCAUUGCUACUGAGUUCAAAAGUUCAGUAGUAAAGGAUAUGGAGUAAGGAGCAUCCAAUUCUCAGAUGGAAAGAAAUAUUGAGACGACUGGGCGGUAGAAUAUAGUCUCAAUAACGCACUCAUUUGGGCAGUUGUCUUUAUGAUAUCAACCAUCAAUGUCUUUCUAAAAGUGAUACUGAGAAUCAUCUCCGUACAUGAGAGGCGCCAUGACAAAACAGACUUAGUGAUUUCGAAUACAUUUAAAAUGUUUUUGGUCCAACUCUGAAACACUACGAUUAUUCUCUUAGUGGUUAAUGCAAAAGUAGGCUUUAUGCCAUCAUGGUCUCCUAUCUUCAAUGGAGAGUACGAGGAUUUCACAACCAAUUGGUAUAAACAAAUAGGAGCUUCUAUAAUCCUCACAAUGCUACUUGGGAUAUUCUCUCCUCAUUUAGCUAACUCCAUGUAUUGGCUCGCAGCAGGAUUUAAGAGAUGGAAGGAUAGAUACUUUACAUGAAAUCAGAGAAAGACUAAGCAAAUCUUCCAGGCAGAUUAUGAACAAGUCUAUAUGGGAGCUGAGCUCUUGUUUGAAUACAGAUAUUCAACACUGAUGACUACGAUAUUUGUAUCAUUGAUUUUUGGAACUGGUAUGCCUAUUUUAUACACAUUCUCAUUCUUCUCUUUAUUCAUGGCAUAUUGGGUGGAUAAGUGGACACUGCUUAGAAUUUACCAAACCCCUCCAAGAUAUAAUAAAGAUCUUAACAAAACAGCAAGAGAAUGGGUAAAUGUCGGGAUCAUUCUCCAUUUCAUGUUUGGUUUCUGGAUGUACAGCAAUUCAAUCAUUUUUGGAACAAAGCAAGACUCUAUCUUCGGAAUUGACAUCAGAUCAACUACAGAUGAUAUAGAUGAAGACUACCCUUGGCUAAAUUUGGGAGAUAGAGUUGCACAGUACCAUAUGGUAAUCUACCUACUUGCAUUUAUUCUGUUCAUCGUAAUCUUUAUCCUAAAAGCCUUUGUGUUCAAAACCUUGCACAAAUGUCUUGCUUGCUGAAGGAAGAACAAGGCUGAUAAAUUACUAGGAUUCAUGGAAGACGAAUCGAAGACCUUCUCUAACAACUACUUUGAGUGCUUACAAAAAACUGAGUACAACAACCUUAGUGUUCAUUUGAGAGAAGACAGGAGAUUAUUAGCCCAGUUCAAGGAAUUCUUAAAUACAGAAGAAGGAAAGCAAGAGGACUUCUCUGAAGAAGAUAUUAAUCAAAUACAUUGGCUUCUAGCAAGACUUGAAACGAAGCGUAAAGAUGCAGAAAUGGUGUACAAGAACAAGGAUAGAGAUGGGACUAUAAUUAUCGACCCUUCUUAUGACAUUAGAGAUCUAAAACCUUACAAGUUUUAUAUCAGCAAGUUGCAGAAGGAUCUAUAUAAGAAUGCUCAAGAUGCUCAAAAAGAGGCUCAUAAAGAAUAAUUAGUAUUUUCAAGUUAAAUCUCCAAAA